AUGUUUCACCGUUCGACUUUCGUGUUCCGUUUCAACGUCGCGACUGCUUGCGAUGAGCAGCUAGCACCUGCCAAUCUUGCACGUCAGGAAGCUUCAACGUUACUUCUCCAUUUCUCCGGUGUACAGGAAACUCGCGAAAAUUUAAUUCUGGUGAAGACACGGAAGCUGAAGAAGCAGGAUAUUGGGCAUUCCCAAGCAACUGCCUUCGAAGCUGUCGUAUCGGCGCUCCUUCCCUUCAACCUGCCCUGUGCGGGACUUGGACGUAAACUGUGGCAGAGCUUUUGGGCAGUUUCCACUCUCCAGCAUACUCAUUCUGAGGUAGUUCGCUAG